GCUAAGAAAAAUGUUCUAUCUUUUAUUCAUGAAUGAAGAAAUUAUCAAACUCCAACAUCCAUCUGUUUGGAAUCAUGAAAUUAUUCGCGCCUCAUCAAACGAGAUCUUUAUUAUCGACGUGACAAAGUACCAUCGAGCUUCCGAGUUCACCGCAAGUAAUUUCGGUUGUCAGAGCAGUAAAUUAACAUUUGGAAAAGCUUCUAGUAUGUUUUGCGGCCAAGCCUGAAUGGAUGAAUCAGCUGAUGAAAUAUUCGGAAUCUCACAAUAAUAAACAUUAGUUAUGCUUAUAGCUUCAAUUGUCAUCUUGUUACUCUGAGUACUUUACUUGACACAAUAGCAAUAAAAUCCGAAAAACACCGAAGUCGACUUUCGCUAUCUCAUCGUGUAAUUUAUCGUAUUUGACAAACAGUUGUGAUUCAGUCAAAAAGUGUCAUUUUAUUUUUGUUGAAAGAGAAAAAUAAACUUAUAAUGUCAUUAAACACUGCACACGCCAAUAAUGGUGUUCUUUUGCAUGCUGGAGAAUGUAUUCUUCUUUUUUGUGACAAUGUCACAAUGGAAUUUCAUGGACAAGAACAACCAGAAUUUAUUGGUUCAAAAAAGGGAAGAAUAUAUUUGACAACGCAUCGGAUGAUAUUUAAUGCCAAAGACCAAAAUGAAAAAAUGAAAUCCUUUAGCUUUCCUUUCGUCACUUUGAGUGAGGUAGAGCUUGAACAGCCAUUAUUUGGAGCUAAUUACAUAAAAGGAAAAUGCCGUGCUCAACCAAAUGGUAAUUGGGUAGGAGAAUGUAAAUUUAAAUUACAUUUCAAGAGUGGCGGUGCUAUUGAAUUUGGCCAAGCAAUGUUGAGAGCAGCCUCUAUGGCUCAACGAAGCGGUCCUGGAUACGAUGCUCCUCCACCUUAUCAGCCACCAACAUCUGAUUGGUAUGCUGCUCCGCCACCAGCUUAUCAAGCAGCUCCUUCUGGAUACUAUGGUUGGAUGCCUCCCACCAAUGCAUUUCCUGACAUGCCUCCAGCUAACAGUGUUUACAUGACGGACAUGCCACCUCCAUAUCCAGGGAUAAAUACUGCUCCUAUGCAAGGAGGAAAUCCACAACCAGUUGGUAGCCCAGCGUGGGCCAACCCUGAGUAUAAUCCAGGAUACCAGCAAACAGGUUAUCCCCAACCACCUAAUUAUGCACAAUCUGCCGGCUAUUAUAACAAUUACCCUCAGAAUCCACCACCCUAUUCUCCUCAAGGAUCAUAUAAACCGUAUUAGCUAUGCGUUUGAUUUAAAUUAUUCACCAAUAUUCUUCACAAUUUUGUGUAGGAAUAAUUUGCUUUUAACACCAAAUUACAAAUAAUUAUAUUUAAUCAAAAAAAAAAAAAAAUUUUAUUGUAUUUGAUGUGUUUUAAAAUUAUAAAAUUUAGAUGGCAACUUAUAAACAUUCCAAAAGUUUUAUGCUAAAAAAGCUAAUUGAUAUUGUUAUAACCAAAUCAUAAAAUAUUACUAUGUUAUGCUAGUUAAACUAUAAUAAAAUAUAAUAAUGAUUUCUUUUAUUCAAAUAAUAAAGCCGUAUGAAAACUCAAA